CUUGUAUCUGUUUCACGACUGCUCUUAACGAGACUCGUAUGAACCUGAGAGAACCGCUUGUCGCAAUCUUUUCGGCUCGCUGCAAAGCACUCCAGCUACGCCAUAAACUAUCAAGGCUUGCUUCGCCAUCAAUUGAUCCUCUUGUGGACCUGCCCUGAAAACAUGUCUCGCAAUACAAUUACUUCCCCAACCCCCCAAUUACCUGACUCUUUCGAGAGCUACGCAAGCAAUAACGACCAAUCCGUGGGCAAUAUUAUCUCUCCUAACGGCACUCGUACCCACUUGACCGAAUUUGACGGGCUUUUCAAUAAUGGAGACUUCGAAUCCUCUUCAAGCAUCAUGGAUCCUCGAAAGUUGUUACCGCUCUCAGAGGCGGAAGUUCGUGAUAACCUCACAAAAGCCAACAGGGGUAACAUGAACCCAGCUAAACCUGAGAAGGUAGAUAGCGAUAUGAAGGUGUUGGCUGGAGGACCUCCUUUUUCACAGUUGAUAUCAAUAGCUGUCAAAUUUGCGGCCACCAAUCGUUGCCAUCAAUUGCCAACUUGCUUUGAUGCGAGAGGCAAGUUAAAGGUCCCUUGGUUGUAUGCCGUGGGCGAGAGGAUCAGAGAAGCAAGGAAAGAGAAAGAGCUGGCCAAAGACCGCCCGGAAUCAGAAGCCGCCUCUCCUGAAGAGCAAACACGAAGUAACAAAACCCGAACUUCGCGAAACAAGUCGCUAGGUGUGCGGCAAUCGGAUUUUGUGCCAUUGCUUGACCUCUGUGUCAUGUGUGGGAAGAAGCCUAUUGCCCCCGAAAGUCGAGAUACAUCCAGUUGCACUUCUUGUGCUGAGCUGAUCGGAAAUCCACUGCCACGCAAGACCUCGAGAAAACUCGACGACAAGAAGUCUAAACUUGGUGUUGAUACAAACCCUCCUCAUCAUAGGCCUUCGCCCUUCCAACUGGGUCGUAAUGGACAAGCACCAAAAUCAACAAGACCAACGCCAGAGACACUAUCACCUAGUCCCGAUCAUCUUGCACCAGACUCCCGUCUGUCACAGCAGAAGUCCUCUACCUCCACACAAAAGCGAGCAAUCAUCAUAUUACAAAGCUCUCCCCGCUCAGUGCCAGAGUCUCAAGCUUCGUUCGAUCCUGACUUCGUUGCAACCCAAGGAACACUGAGUAAGAAAGUCAAGACCCAAAAUGGAGGACAGCGUAACCAUCAGAGCCCUGAUUUCUCCCAAGCCAGACGCCCUUCUCAAUCGAUCACCUGCAGUGGGUCCACUUGUCAAAGAAGUCAAUUCUCUGCGUCCCUGUUAUACCAGACUUGGCUUAUUCGAAUUAAAGAUGCUCAAGAGUGUUUGAACAACACUGGAUCCUGGUUUUGUCCUGAUUGUCAACAAAGACGUCCAGACGUACCCAACACACAAGGUUCGAAUAGGACAGAGUCCAUCCAAAACACCCCACGCUAUGGCCAAGAGUGGCUCGACCAUCAGGAUGAAAUCUGCCGAUCGUUGGAUGAGCUUUCUGGCAUUUUGUCACAAUACACUGCAAUGGCCGGUUUACAACCCUAUAAAGUAGCCUUCUCUGACUUAGCGUGUGUCCGAGAUGAAGCUCCUGGAAAUCUGGCAGCAAUGGUUCUGCGCCAAAUGCUGGAUAUCUAUAGCGGAGUGUCUAUUAAGGGAAAGAUCGAGAGCCUUCGAAUCAAACCAGAAAAUUCGGUCUGGAUCAAAGGUGCCUUAAUGCUCCUUGUUAAACAGUUCGUGUUCGAGUCUGGUUCGCCGUUUGACGAUUCCUCAAUUCUCACAGAAGGACUAUCUUAUGCCGGUCUCUCAUCUGAUAUGAUCCAAAUGAUCAUCCAAGACACCCGUAUCCGAACUAUGAAGAAGAAUCCAGCGGAUGCGCAAUCCUUUACCGAGCGCCGAAAGACUCGAGUAGAUGAUUUUGUGAAGCGACUGAACGGAGCAAUGGUCGCAAUCGUUGGUAAUAACGCCGAGAUUAACAGCUUUCAUGAGUCAAUCGCAAACAUUGCUUCAACCCUCAACGUCAACAUGUCUGCCUAUAGAGGAGAAUACGCGCCCAUAUAUCCACAACUCUCUGAUGCCUUUGAUCUUAAUUUCCAUGUGCUGGACAGCCUCGAGUUGGAAGGACCAGGUCUCAACGUGAAGGAUUUGGAAGGAAGACCUAUCUUAUUGACAAUGUUGAUGGGCGUUAAGUUCAAGGGCCCCGGUCGAGACUGGGUCGUAUGCUAUCGUGCCAAGGUACGCCUUUGGCGACCAACUAACCCACGAGCCAUCCUUCCUGCGGGUAAGAGAAAGGCUGAACUCAUCACCUCUGAAUAAUUUGAAUUUACGGUGCAUGGAGUUGACAGUAGCGAAUGGAGUUAACUCGGAAGGGGAGGGUUGCGGUGGGCCUAGUCAUUUUCAUCUAUUGCUUUGCACGAGCUUUAUACCCCACAAGUUAGAUCUCUGCACCUGAAGAGUGUAUGUACU